GGCAUGUCGGGAGUGGUGACGUGUGUGAGAGAGCUUUGCAGCCCUGAGAGCUUCCCCGCAGCAGUGCCCCCAAGCCAGGGACCCUGGCGCUAUGAGCUUCCCCACAGCAGUGCCCUCAAGCCAGGGACUCCCGGUGCUGCGAGCUUCCCCCCAGCAGUGCCCCCAAACUGGGGUCCCCAAUGCUGCCAGCUUCCUCCCAGCAGUGCCCCCAAGCCAGGGAUGCCGGUGCUGUGAGCUUCCCCACAUGGUGUCCCCGGUGCUGCCAGCUUCCCCACAGCAGUGCCCCCAGCACUGCAAGCUCCCCCACAGCAGUGCCCCCAAGUCGGGGACCCUGGCACUGUGAGCUUCCCCACAGCAGUGCCCCCAGCCGGGGACCCCAGUGCUGCAAACUUUCUCAUGGCAGUGCCUCCAGCCGGGGACCCCAGCGCUGUGAGCUUCCCCACAGCAGUGUCCAGCCAGGCCCUUUGAGCUGUGUGGGGAGCUGAAGGGGUUAACAGCUCAUGUGUGUCGAGAGCCCCCAGCCCCCUCCCCCUGAAUUCUGACAUUCCCUGCCCAGGAAUCCUGGAGCCGCCCGCCCCUGCAGAGAGGGAGAGACACCCAGAGAAGGGAAGGGGUUGGACCAUGUCGGAGAUCUACAGUGAGGUGGCCGGGGACGAGCCCCCCAGCGACAGCUUCUGGAUGCCGAACCGGUACCAGCGCACGGUGCGGCGGCUGGAGGAGGGGUCCCAGGUCUGCGACCAGCUGGUCGGCUGCUUCCGGGACCGGGCGCGGAUCGAAGGCAGCUACGCCCGGCACAUGGGGGCCUGGGUGCAGAAGUGGCGCCCCCUGGUGGAUGCGAGCCCCCUGUACGGCUCGGUGCGCCGGGCCUGGCAGGCCUUCCUGGACUCCACGGAGCGGCUGAGCCGGCUGCACCGGGAGACGCAGCGGGCGCUGGUGGCGGAGGAGCUGGCCCGCGUGCGGGGCUGGCAGCGGGAGAAUUACCACCGCAAGCUGCUGGGCAGGUUCCGCGAGGCCCGCGAGCUGGAGAGCGGCUUCCGGCGCGCCCAGAAACCCUGGGCCCGCCGCCUGCACAAGGUGGAGAAGGCCAAAGCCUCGUACCACCGGGCCUGCCGCAAGGAGCACGUGGCCGCGGGGCGGGAGCAGCUGGCCCCGGGGGGCCCCCCGCUGGCCCCCGACCGCCAGCGGGCCCUGCGGGAGGAGCGCCAGCGCCAUUCCCUGGAGACGCACAAGGAGCGGCAGCACUACGAGCAGGCGCUGGCGGAGCUGACCCGCGCCAGCCCGCGCUACGUGGAGGAGAUGGAGUCGGUCUUCGAGCAGGGCCAGGAGUUCGAGCAGAGACGCAUCGAGUUCCUCAAGGAGGCCUUGGCGGCUCUGCAGCGCCGGCUGGACCCCACUGCCCACCCCGGGUAAGAGAGACCCCCCUCCCCCUGCCGG